AUGGUAAAGAAGAAUGACAACAGAAUUUCUUUUAAAGAGAAACUAAGGGUUGAAUUUGAGCCUGAUUUGAAUUAUUUCUCUUUUUCAGAAUACUUUCCAGGAGAGUCAGACUGAUUUGGAGGUGAUCUUAGAGUUCCUAGAGGAGUACUACAGACAACACUCUGGAGAAAAUGGUAAAGUCAAAGCCUUGAAAACUCAAUUAUGAGGUAUUAAAUAUGAGUCAAAUUAAAUCUUUCUGCAACUUUUUCUUUUUUCCAGCAGUCAAGGCAAACUGGACUGCAGCUGAGGAGUCAUGUGAGCAGCAAUGGAUGUGCAGCGAGCAAACUGUACGCAUAAAAAUGUGCUUUCACAUCCUUUUUCCUCACAAACACUGAAUUGAAACACACCCAAUUCUGUAAAUCUGUCAUUGUUCUCUUUCAUCAGAUUAUCACACCUGCGCUUCAUCCCAUGAUGGCACACGACACCCCAGAAUCUCACAGCCAAACCACAACAGCAUCAUUGUGUGAGCCAAACCCCGUCUCAAUGAGACAACCCAGCAGAGCAGCCGGGAGUGGUGAGUUCUCCUUUUUCUGGUCACUAGAUACUGUUAUUGCUGUGGCUGCUCGUAGCCUGAGGGAAACAAUAGAGAGUAAAUAAGAGACCUUCCCUUUACUGUAAAAAAACAAUUGAGCUGUGCAUGGCGUAGCUGAAAAGCAGCUUUUACAUAUCUAUCAGAUAACCGCAGUGUUUACAGCUCUAACCUUCUCGGCUAAAUGGCAUCCCAUCAGGGGAGAGAUAUUCUGGGAAUUGCUGCAUUUGAGGAAAUGAUUAACUUUUAACCUGCAUGAGCUGUUUCAGUGAAUCACAGGUACAAAGAUAAUCCCUUCUUUAAAAUCCUUGUAAAGCCUAUAAUUGUGCCAAUUUCUGUCCCAGGUAGAAAAGUGCGACUCUUUCACUUCCUCUUUGAGAUGUUGGAGGAUCCAAACAUGGCCCACUGUGUGUCCUGGGUCCCAGCUGCUGCCGGCGUCUUUCGCUUUUCCUCCACCAACAAGGACCAGGUGGCAGCACUCUGGGGGCAAAGGAAGGGCAACAAGAGGCCGAUGACGUAUCAGAAGAUGUCCCGCGCCCUCAGGAACUACGCCCGCUCGGGAGAGAUCUUCAAGGUGAAAAAGAAACUCACCUACCAGUUCAGCCAGAACACCCUCACAGUACUGCAGAAGAGUCAAAGAGGAAACAUGUAA